AUGAAGCGCAGUCAGCCAGAUAACGGCGAUGAUAGGACGUCCAACGGCGGGGACACUGAAUCUCAAGGCCCUGAUAAACGCCAGCGGACGGAGGGCGGCUCGCUGCAAUGGGGCAUCGAGCCGGGUAUGUCGAAGCGCGGGCGGGGGCGUGGUUUCGCCCGGCGGGCCCUGCGCGUGGACAGGCUGCCCACCAUUGUGUACCGGGAGGGGGAGCAGCUGAAGGAGCUCGAGAAGUACCUCGCCGCGGACGGGGAGGCGCAGCAGGUGGAGAUCCGCAUCGCCCCGGAGUACAUGAACUCCAACAACAAGAUGGUCAAGACGCGGCAGCUCUGGGGGUGCGACGUGUACACCCAGGACUCGGACUUGGUGGCCGCGAUCAUGCACAUGGGUUUCUUUUCGUACAAGAACGGCUCUCCGCCCCACAACGUCGGCGAGUUCCGCGCCGUCGUGCGGCCGGUGCCGCCGCAGGAGAGCUACAAGUCCAAGUCGCGCAACGGGGUGUUCUCGCGCGCCUGGGUGUCGCCCGGGGAGGGCUGCUCCUACCAGGUCGAGUCGGUGCGGCUGAUCACGCGCCAGGGGCACUACGUCGAGCUGGAGCCGAUGCCGCAGGGGGCGACGAUGGCGGCGCCGACGUUCGUCCCGGCGCACCACGACAAGAUGAUGACCACGCGGCAGACGUCGGCCAUGAUUGAGCGCCGCCAGCGCAUGGUGCCCGAGGUCGGCCUGCAGUUCAACCUGUGCAACGAACCCUGGCUCAAGUACUCCCCCGGGGUCGUCGCGGACCGCGGCCUGAAGCCCUCGACGUGGACGUGCGCCCGUCUGACGCGGGAGUGCUUGUACCUGGAGACCCACCGGCAGCGGUUCGAACUCAGCCACGCGCAGGCGGGGGAGGAGCAGGACCGGUUCCGUCUGAGCCGCAUGAACAAGGCCCAGCCGUUCUCGUCGAUGGUGAAGGCGGGCAUCCCGGCCCCCGCGUCCGACAAGGUGAUGCUGCACGACGCGCUGCACUGGGAGGAGCUGCACUGGGGGCAGGAGGGGCUGCAGGUCAAGGACAAGCUGUACAAGGUCACGCGCGUGCAGUUCAUCCCGCUGUGUCAAGCGGCGGGGGAGGACAUGAAGGAGUGA